AUGGCGGCGGAGGGGACAGCUGUGGCCGGAGGCGGGGCCGUCGGGGGCUGCCCGGCCAGCGACAGCUUGGAACUGUCCAAGUGCGCGGACGCGGCCCCGAUCCGGCGACGCACGUCUUCGCUGUCACAGGACGCCGAGCGCCGAGCCUACCAGUGGUGCCGGGAGUACUUGGGCGGGGCCUGGCGUCGGGUGCGGCCCGAGGAGCUGAGGGUUAACCCCGUGAGCGGGGGCCUCAGUAACCUGCUCUUCCGCUGCUCGCUCCCGGAACACCUGCCUAGCCAUGGCGAGGAGCCCAGGGAGGUGCUGCUUCGGUUGUACGGGGCCAUUUUGCAGGGUGUGGACUCCCUGGUCCUUGAAAGCGUGAUGUUCGCCAUCCUCGCUGAGCGGUCACUGGGGCCCCAGCUCUACGGCGUCUUCCCAGAGGGUCGACUGGAGCAGUAUAUCCCAAGCCGGCCCCUGAAAACUCAAGAGCUUCGUGAGCCUGUGCUGUCAGCAGCCAUUGCCACCAAGAUGGCCCAGUUCCACGGCAUGGAGAUGCCUUUCACCAAAGAGCCCCACUGGCUUUUCGGGACCAUGGAGCGGUACCUAAAACAGAUCCAAGACCUGCCCCCUACGGGCCUCCCCCAGUUGAACCUGCUGGAGGUGUACAGCCUGAAGGAUGAGAUGGACAACCUCAGGAAAUUACUGGACUCCACCCCAUCACCAGUGGUCUUUUGCCACAAUGACAUCCAGGAAGGGAACAUCUUGCUGCUCUCAGAGCCAGAAAAUGCCGACAAUCUCAUGCUUGUGGACUUUGAGUACAGCAGUUACAACUACAGGGGCUUUGACAUCGGGAACCAUUUCUGUGAAUGGGUUUAUGAUUAUACGCACGAGGAGUGGCCUUUUUACACAGCGAGGCCAGCAGACUACCCCACCCGGGGGCAGCAGCUCCAUUUUAUUCGCCAUUACCUGGCAGAGAUAAGGAAAGACAAGACCCCCUCCCCAGAGGAGCAGAGGAAGCUGGAAGAAGACUUGCUCGUGGAGGUUAAUCGGUAUGCCUUGGCGUCUCAUUUCUUCUGGGGUCUCUGGUCCAUCCUCCAGUCAUCCAUGUCCACUAUAGAAUUUGGUUACUUGGAGUACGCCCAGUCUCGAUUCCAGUUCUACUUCCAGCAGAAGAGGCAGCUGACCACCCUCCACCCCAAGUCCUGACCUCCCCACCCUGAGGUUUCCCCGGAGCCUCCAAGGCAGGACCUUGGAGGGAGGCCCUGGCACUGGGGCUGAGCCCCGCACGCUGGAGAAGUUGAGGCUGACAUGUCCCUGUGCCCGUGGGAGCAGGGAGCC